UCAAAAUCACAAACGCCCAAAAGGCGGUUAGUCUCUCUCAAUUGCUCUUGCUCCCCUCGCUCAGCCGCUGGCAGCAAACACCGGCUUCUCACUUCGGUGGACAAGUAUGUUUUCUUCUCUUUUGGAAUCUAAAGCAUAAACAAAAAAAAUUCAAGAACUCUUCUAUUCCAUAACUUCAAAGAAGAUUUGAGGACCGAGAAUUCUAUUUGGCCAUUAUUGAUCUCCCUGUUCGAGAACCCAGUUAACCGAAUUUGAUUUUUGAGCUUUACGAGACCUUAAAGGAGCAGAAAUGGCUCACUCGACAACCCAGAAUGCUGUUAAUCUGCUUCGGCGUCUUGGAAGGUCUGGCAUGGUUGACGAGGCGCUUGCUGUGUUCACUGAACUUGAUCCACAUAAGAAAAACACAUAUGUUCGUAAUGUGAUCAUUGAUUUGCUUCUGAAAUCUGGGCGAGUUGAUAAUGCAUUGAAUGUGCUCGACGAAAUGCUGCUUCCAGGUUCGGAGUUUCGACCCAAUGAUAUAACUGCUGAUAUUGUUUUCACUAAAUUGUUGAAGAUAAAUGGGUCGGAUUGGAGAGUCAAGGAAAAUGAAAUUGCUGGGUUGGUAGCCAAAUUUGGUAAACACCAUGUUGUUCCUAAUCCCAUUACAUUAACCCAGUUGAUCUCCAAGCUUUGUAGGAGUAGAAAUAUAGAUCUUGCAUGGAGUGUUUUAGAUGAUUUGAUGACAUGGAAUGGUCUUAAAGAUGCUGCACCCUGCAAUGCGCUCUUAACAGGUUUGGGAAAGGAGAGGGAAUUUGAGAAAAUGAAUUUGCUAAUGCGAAAGAUGAAGGACAUGAAUGUUCAACCUAAUGUUAUAACUUUUGGUAUUCUUAUCAACCAUAUGUGUAAGUUCAGAAUGAUUGAUGAUGCACUAGAGGUGUUUGAGAAAAUGAAGGGCGAAAAGGAGGAGGCCAAGGCCGUUGCGCCUGAUGCAAUCACUUACAAUACAUUGAUUGAUGGGCUCUGUAAAGUGGGUAGACAAGAAGAAGGAUUGCGCUUGCUGGGAACAAUGAGAUCUGAUGGCUGUAAACCCAAUACUGUUACCUACAAUUGUUUGAUUGAUGGGUACUGUAAGGCAGGUGCAAUCGAGACAGCCCAUGCGCUCUAUGACGAGAUGGUCAAUGAACAAGUCGUGCCAAAUGUAAUCACCCUCAAUACUUUAGUUGAUGGAAUGUGCAAGCAUGGCAGAAUAAGCAGCGCGGUCGAGUUCUUCAGGGAAAUGCAGCAGAAGGGCUUGAAAGGAAAUUCUGUUACUUACACGGUGUUCAUCAAUGCUUUUUGCAAAGUGAACAAUAUCGAUAAGGCAAUAGAAUUUUUUGAUGAAAUGUCCAAAGCUGGAUGUUUUCCUGAUGCUAUUGUCUAUUAUACUUUGAUAUGUGGUUUAGCCCAAGCUGGAAGGUUGGACGAUGCCACCUCCGUUGCGUUGAGGAUGAAAGCGGCAGGGUUUCGACUAGAUCUUGUUUGCUACAAUCUUCUUAUCAGUGAGUUUUGUAAGAAGAACAAAUUAGAUGAAGCUAAUGAAUUGCUGGAUGAAAUGGAGGUGGUUGGAAUCAAGCCUGACAGUGUCACAUACAACACUUUGAUUUCUUACUUCAGUAAAAUGGGGAAUUUAGAAUUAGCCCUUAAAUUUAUGGAAAAGAUGACCAAGGAGGCGUGUCUUUUACCGAGUGUCUUCACUUAUGGAGCUGUGAUUCAUGCAUAUUGCUUGACCAACAAUACUGAUGAAGCCAUGAAGCUUUUCAAGGAAAUGACCGCUACAUCAAAGGUUCCUCCCAACACAGUGAUAUACAAUAUAUUGAUAGAUUCUCUAUGCAAAAGAAAUGAGGUCAGUUCCGCUCUUGCUCUAUUUGACGAUAUGAACGUUAACGGGGUUAAGCCGAACACCACAACAUAUAAUGCUAUUUUGAAAGGGCUGAAGGAGAAGAAAUGGUUGGAGAAAGCGUUAGAAGUUAUGGAUAGAAUGGUGGAACAAGCAUGUAAUGCUGAUUAUAUAACAAUGGAGAUUUUAACAGAAUGGCUUUCUUCCGUGGGUGAAACUGCAAAAUUGAAAAGAUUUACACAGGGAUACAAGGUUUCUGAUUUUGCAGCCUCAAGUAGCUGAAAGGGUGAGGUGAUUUGUUUUGAUUAAUCGACAUGCUUAUCGGUAAAUAAUCAAAACUUUCUCAAAACUUUCUCAUGGCGUUGUGCCAAAUAUCUGAAUUCUUAGCGUAUUUAACGAUACGACUUCGAGGGGAGGAUUAGGAAAGGACCUGUUGUUCUUCUAGUUCAGCUGCAUCAGGAUCAUAUUAACAACUAGUCCUACCCUUUGUAGUGUGAUUAUCUCAAAAACUCGAAAAAAGGAGGUGAUGGUGCUUGUCAUUUGAUCUAUAACCAAAAAUGGUGGUGCAGGACUUUUGGUUCAGUAGGAAAAUCUACACGAAAUACAUUGGAUAGA